UCAUACACUUCAAAACAUUUGUCAUAUUUGAAAAACGAGACUCGUUCAUUAUUUGAUCAUGGUUGGAACUCAUAUAUGCAAUUUGGUUAUCCAGCUGAUGAAGUGAGGCCAAUCACGUGCAAGCCUUACUCCAGAGAUGGUGAUAUUUUCAAUAUACACAGGAAUGAUGUAUUGGGGAACUACUCAGUUACAUUAUUAGAUACCAUAACAACAUUUGCAAUUAUGGGAGAUAUUGAUAAAUUCAAAAUGUACAUUGAAGAAAUCAAAAAGAUAGAUUUCAAUUUAGACUCAACUGUUCAAGUUUUUGAAACUGCUAUUAGGGCUUUAGGCUCAUUGUUAUCAGCUCAUUUGUAUGCAAUGGAUAAAUUCAAGCUACCCAAAUAUGAUGGGUUCUUAUUAAGGAAGGCCUUUGAUCUCGGUGAAAGGUUAUUACCGUCUUAUUUACAUGAAAGUGGAAUACCAUUGGCUAGAGUCAAUUUAAGAUAUGGAUCUGACCUACCAAAUAAGUUAAUUAAAGAAACAUGCUCCGCUGGAGCAGGAAGUCCUAUAGUGGAGAUGUCAUUAUUAUCGAUUUUGACAAAUGAUACAAGGUUUGAAACUUACUCAAGAAAUGCAUUUUUGAAAUUAUGGGAUUCAAGAAGUAAAUUAGAUUUAUUGCCAAUGACUAUUGAUCCAUUGAAAGGAAAUUGGCUAGAUGCAAUAACAGGAAUCGGUGCCUCAAUUGAUUCAUUCUACGAAUAUGCUUUGAAAGGUGCCAUCUUAUUCAAUGAUGAUGAAUUACUGAAUGUUUGGGAGAAAUCUUAUCGUGCACUUUCUACACACUCUAAAGUGGAAUGGUUUUUCGGAAAUGUCCAUGUUGAUACUGGUUUAUUAGUGAGUCCAUGGAUUGAUGCUUUAAGUGCAUUUUUCCCAGGGUUACUCGUCUUAUCAGGUAAUAUUGAGGAUGCAAAGAGGGCACAUUUACCCUUUUUGAAACUUUGGAAUCAAUAUCAAGGUAUUCCAGAACGUUGGGAUUUUCUACCAACAGGCCCUUCUCCUAGACUUUUUGGGUCUGGUGAUUCUGAUCCAAUAUCACUUGAAUGGUAUCCAUUGAGACCUGAAUUUAUUGAAUCAACAUAUUAUUUAUACAGGGCAACGAAAGAUCCUUUUUAUUUGAGAAUUGGAGAACAAAUAUUGGAUGAUUAUAAACGUGAGUUUAAAGUGGAAUGUGGGUUUGCUGGAUUUAGAGAUGUUAGAACAAGAGAGUUGCAAGAUAGAAUGGAGUCAUUUGUGCUGAGUGAAACUUUCAUGUACCUGUACUUGUUGUUUGAUGAAGCGAAUGAAAUUAAUUCUGAUGCUAAAGUCAUCUUUUCUACUGAAGGUCACCCAUUAUGGGUCCCUAAA